AUGGACGCAAAGCUCCUCGCCACCUUCCUCAUCGCCGCCCUCCUCCUAACCAUCCCUACUGCCGACUCUGCCCGCCGCCGCCGCCGCCGACUCGACCCUGGCCUUGUAUUGGCAGAGCGGAAUAGGAGAGUGAUAACGGUGAGCAAGGAUGGCCGAGGGAACUUCAGGACCGUCAUAGACGCCCUCAGGAGCAUCCCGAGAGGCAACACCCGACGAGUCAUCGUGAAAAUCGGUCCCGGAGUCUACACAGAGAAGCUCCUGCUCCACGCGUCGAAGCCGUACGUUACCUUCUACGGCCACCCGCGGGCCAUGCCGACGAUAUCCUACGGCGCCACGGCAUAUUCGAAAAACGGGACUUGGAGAAGCGCCACCGUCGCCGUCGAGUCCGAUUACUUCGUCGCCGCCAAUAUCAUAUUCGAGAACACGGCGCCGAGGCCUGGUGUCGGGAUGGAGAACGCUCAGGCGGUGGCGAUGAGGAUAUCCGGCGACAAGGCGGCCUUCUUCAACUGUAAGUUCUACGGAUUUCAGGACACUCUCUGCGACGACAGAGGCAGGCAUUUCUUCAAGGAUUGUUUCAUCAGAGGGACUGUCGAUUUCAUCUUCGGCUACGGGAGAUCUCUCUACAAGAACUGUGAGAUCCAGUCGGUGGCCGACGGGGUGACGUACAUUACAGCACAGGGCAGGAGCAGGAGCAGGAGCGACGACCAUGGCGGAUUCUCCUUCGUCGACUGUAGGAUAACCGGGACAGGGAGUGCGUACCUUGGCCGAGCAUGGAGGAACAUGUCCAGGGUGGUGUUCGCUCGCACCUACAUGGGGAAGAACGUCGAUCCGAGAGGAUGGGACGACAAGGGCAACCCUGCUGUCCAAAAGACGGUGUUUUUUGCGGAGUACGAGUGCACGGGGCCAGGGGCGGUGAGGAAUCGGCGGGUGAGCUACGGGAGAGAGCUGAACGACGAGCAGGCGAAGCCUUUCUUGACGACGAGGUUCGUUCAAGGGCGGACAUGGCUUCUUCCUCCGCCGAGACUGAUCAUGUAG